AUGCAGCAGCAGCAGCAGAUCGCAGCAGCAGCAGCAGCACCAGGAGCAGCAGCAGCAGCAGCAGCAGGAGAAGCAGCAGCAGCAGCAGCAGCAGAAGCAGCAGCAGCAGCAGCAGCAGAAGCAGCAACAGCAACAGCAGCAGCAGCUGCUGCUGCUGCUGCUGCUGCAGCUGCUGCUGACAUCAGUUUUGAGUUCGAGGAGAGAAGGGACAACAACUUGGGCAAGGACUUGAGCAGCAAGGCCGCUUUUGUCUCCUUUGGGAUCUUCUUGCUGCUGCUGCUGCUGCUGCUGCUGCUGCACACACAGCUGCAGCAGCAGCAGCAGCAGCAACAGCAGCAGCAGCAACAGCAGCAGCAGCAGCAGCAGAUGCACAGCCAGCAGCACCAGAAGCAGCAACACCUGCAGCAGCAGCAACGGCUGCAGCAACUGCCGCAGCAACUGCAGCAGCAACUGCAGCAGCAACUGCAGCAGCAGCUGCAGCAGCAGCUGCAGCAGCAACUGCAGCAGCAGCUGCAGCAGCAGCUGCAGCAGCAGCUGCAGCAGCAACUGCAGCAGCAGCUGCAGCAGCAGCUGCAGCAGCAGCUGCAGCAGCAGCUGCAGCAGCAGCAAACUGUAUGUGGGGUCUCAGCAGCAGCAGCAAAAGAAAAAGGGACACUAAAUUUGUUUGGAGACAAACCGCAAGACAAGAGGCCUCGCCUCUUCGCUGUGCUCCAGCGCCAGCUGCGCGUGCUGCACCAGCUCCCUUGCUGCAGCCUUUCUAGCCUGCAGCAGCAGCAGCAGCAGCAGCAACAGCAGCAGCAGCAGCAGAAAGUGCAGCAGCAGAAGAUGGAGCAGCAGAAGAUGCAGCAGCAGAAGAUGCAGCAGCAGACAAACCAGGAAGAGCUGCAGCAGAAGCACCAAAAGACGAAAGGCCGCAGCAGCAGCAGCAGCAGCAGCAGCAGCAGCAGCAAGGAAGACAGUGCUGCGUCUACCGUCUCCGAGGCAGCAACUCCUUUCCAAAAAGAAGACACGCGAGCAGCUUCAUCCAUUGCAUGCACCUGCAGCACCCCACAAGACACUGCAUGCGCGCUGGGGUCAGCAGAAGCAGCAGCAGCAGCAGCAGCAGAAGCAGCAGCAGCAGCAGCAGCAGCAGCAGCAGAAGCAGUAGCAGCAGAAGCAGCAGCAGCAGCAGCAGCAGAAGCAGCAGCAGCAGCAGCAGCAGCAGGCCACCCUGAAGCAAAUGUCGAAGAAGGUGGCGCCAAUUUCUGCUGCAGCAUCGGGAGAGACAGUCAAGAGCUUUUGCAGGAGACUGUUGAGCCGCUUUAUGGAGGCGUCUCCGUCGUCGCCCGCCAGAGACGUCUGCAGCAGCAGCAGCAGCAGCAGCAGCAGCAGCAGCGGCAGCAGCAGCAAAGCCAGCAGCUCCUCAGACGCCGCAGACGCCCCACGCAGACACCCCACAGACACCCCAGCUGUACAGACACCCCACAAGACCCAGCUGUACAGACACCCCACACCCCACACGUACACCCCACACCCCACACGUACACCCCACACCCCACACAUACACCCCACACCCCACAAAGACACCCCACAAAGACACCCCACAGAUACACCUGA